CUGCGAAAGCUGCGACUAUCCCUCGGGGCCAUGGACUCGGACGCCAGCCUGGUGUCCAGUCGUCCGUCGUCGCCAGAGCCCGAUGACCUUUUUCUGCCCGCCCGGAGCAAAGGCAGCGGCGGCAGCGGCUUCACGGGAGGCACAGUGUCCUCGUCCACGCCGAGCGACUGCCCGCCAGAGCUGAGCGCAGAGCUGCGCGGCGCCAUGGGCGCGGCGGGCGCGCACCCCGGGGACAAGCUGGGCGGCGGCGGCUUCAAGUCAUCCUCGUCCAGCACGUCGUCGUCCACUUCGUCGGCGGCCGCCUCGUCCACCAAGAAGGACAAGAAGCAGAUGACAGAGCCCGAGCUGCAGCAGCUACGCCUCAAGAUCAACAGCCGCGAGCGCAAGCGCAUGCACGACCUCAACAUUGCCAUGGACGGGCUGCGCGAGGUCAUGCCGUACGCGCACGGCCCGUCGGUGCGCAAGCUCUCCAAGAUCGCCACGCUGCUGCUGGCGCGCAACUACAUCCUCAUGCUCACCAACUCGUUGGAGGAGAUGAAGCGACUGGUGAGCGAGAUCUACGGCGGCCACCACGCGGGCUUCCACCCGUCAGCCUGCGGCGGCCUGGCGCACUCGGCGCCCCUGCCCGCCGCCACGGCGCAUCCCGCGGCCGCCGCGCACGCCGCGCACCACCCGGCGGUUCACCACCCCAUCCUGCCUCCCGCCGCCGCGGCCGCCGCGGCCGCCGCCGCCGCCGCCGCCGUGUCCAGCGCCUCCCUGCCCGGCUCCGCGUUGUCGUCGGUCGGCUCCAUCCGGCCCCCGCACGGCCUGCUCAAGUCCCCGUCGGCCGCGGCGGCGGCCCCGCUGGGGGGCGGGGGCGGGGGCAGCGGGGGCAGCGGCGGCUUCCAGCACUGGGGCGGCAUGCCCUGCCCCUGCAGCAUGUGCCAGGUGCCGCCGCCGCACCACCACGUGUCGGCCAUGGGCGCCGGCAGCCUGCCGCGCCUCACCUCCGACGCCAAGUGA